AUGAAGUCGUGCAAGCCAAUCACAAAGACGAUCGUCUAGGUUGUAUCAAAACCAGUUCUAAAUCGCAAAAAAAAAUGUUAAGUUAGAAUACUACUUAGUUACUAACAUGUUUCUGUCACUUCCCUGUGGUUUAACUUUUCUGGGAGCAAUUAUUGACCGAGCGAGCGCGAGGAGGCUCAGUUUCAACUUGGGCAAUUUUUUAAAACAUAUGUUUGUCCGCUGGCUGCCCGGCUGUUCUUCUCUACAGGUCACAUUUCUCAACGGAUUCUCGUAAUUUUUGCGAGCGUUCUAUAAUUAUGUUUUUUUUGUCGAUUCUGUAUUUGGAAAUUUUUAAAAUGAUGUGUUCGGGAGGUCUAUCACUCACAGCGCCACUAGUUCGUAUUAUUUGGGAAACAUCAUUGAACUAAUGAGAUCGGUGAGCGCUAAAGUCUAGUGCGAGUGCUGCUAGACUAGUGCUAUGCACUGCUACUGAAGGCCUACCGCCGAUGUCGAAAAAAAAACGAAAAUUGUUACCUGCCUCUUGCGCAUUCCAGCGAUAGAGGGGCAGAUAACGAUUUUCGAUUUUGGGGUUAGGCCCUCUGACAUCAAAUUGGUAUAGUAUUUGAAGUUUCUCAACGCGCUCACAGGUACGUUAAUGCACUGUUGACACAAAUCCACGUUUGAGGCGCGGCGCGUUAACUUAAACAGACAUCAGAUUUUGAUGGAGACAACAUUUGAUCAAACUUAUUAAUGAAACAAUUAGUAAACUAGUGCUGUUUUGAAGAAUGAGGUUGUCAUUAUGGUCGAUUGUGUGAGAUGAAUAUUUUGUAAGGCAAACAUAAUGUAAAAACCGGACAAGUUCGAGUCGGACUCGCUCACCGACGGUUCCGUACUUUUUAGUAUUUGUUGUUAUAGCGGCAAUAGAAAUACAUCAUCUGUGAAAAUUUCAAGUGUCAAUCACGGUUCAUGAGAUACAACCUGGUGACAGACGGGCUAACAGGCGGACAGAGGGACGGACAGCGGAGUCUUAGUAAUACAGUCUCGUUUUACCCUUUGGGUACGGAACCCUAAAAAUGACAUCGGCAAAUUUCUUUGUGUACAUAUAUCGUGAUUUGACAAGCAAAACUUACAAGUGAUCUACUCCUACGAAGUUUUAGAGACAGUAUCAUAGGUACAGUCAGCAUCAAUAGUAGCGGGUGAAAUAACGCGCCAAAGGAUCUACCACCCAGGACUACUCUUCCAUUCGGUAGAGAUAUAUCUCUACAGUUCUUAUUUAAAAGUAUCUGUCACAGUCUAAUUGCUCUAUACAUAGAGACAUAUCUCGUUCUGGUAAGCUAGUAGAGAAUGAAAGUUACUUUCGACACAUAGUGUGAUCCGCUACAUAUUUUAUUUAUUUUUUUAUUUUAUUUUGAUUUGUAAACUGUACAUAUAGUCGCACUCUAGCGUAAUAAUGCAUACAUUUUGGUUGUCAACUGAUGUGAUGAAUUGAUGGAGGAAUAAACGCUUACUAAUAUAAAUUUACUACUGAUAAAAGUAAAAAAAAAAAACAAUUGCAAACGAAUUCCUCUCAUAAUGCUAGUUUCUAGCUAGAACAUAAACUUAGUAUUAACAAUUAAUCAUGUACAGUCAGCGUCAAAUACUUCGUAGCAGUCAAAGUAGCCAAAUAGUUCGGUACACCAUAUAUUUAGUAUGGUGUACCGAACUAUUUGGCCACUUUGACUGCUACGAAGUAUUUGACGCUGACUGUACCUACUUAUACCGGGAAAUAAAAAAAGUCCGAGAUUGUUAUUAUAAACCUUGAAAUAAUAUUUCCUUAUUAACAACUUGACAAUUUGCAAAUAAUAAUUUGUAAACAAUUUCAAAAUGGAUCCAAACAAAUACCUACGUAAACCACUUCCUUUUAUUAUUCUCUGAUUAUUUAGGUACGCGCUGUUAUUGUUAUUUCAACGUUCGUGGAAAACCGGCACGUGUACCGCGAGUCAGCGCCCUCUCCGCGCUUUCCACGGGUUUUCCCGCUUUCCCCCGGUGCGGGGCGCGCGCGACAGAGGGCGCUAGUGGCCGCCAAUCAAUACCUGCGCCUCGCGUCGCCGAGCCUCGACUACCCCAGUGCUCGCUGUCACCGCCGCCGCCGUCACGUCACCAGCGGCCCGAGCAAACAAUUUGGCAUUCAUGAUAAAUCCUCACCAAAAUAAACUAAAACUCACACUAAAAUGCGCCCGAACCAUCUAACUAAGCUACAAACACAAAUCUGUUCAAACUCUUAGUGAUUGUUAUUAAGUGUUAAUUAUCAAAAAUGCAUCUCCAUUUCGAGAGAAACGUGAACGCUAAAUGUGAUUGCACCAUACUAUCUUUAUCAUGGAUGGGCAAGGUUCCUGAUGAGCUGCCUGAGGAGGAAGGAUGGAAGCUAAACCGCAACAAUUACUACCAAGAAGGCUGGCUGGCGACGGGCAACGUGCGCGGCGUCGUCGGCGUGACUUUCACGUCGUCGCAUGCGCGCCGCCCGCACGAGCUGCCAGCGCGCACGAAUUACAACUUGCGCGGCCACAGAUCUGAUGUGAUCCUAGUGAAAUGGAACGAGCCCUACCAGAAGCUAGCUUCGUGCGACAGUUCCGGGGUGAUCUUCGUGUGGAUCAAGUACGAAGGCCGCUGGAGCAUCGAGCUAAUCAACGACAGAAGCACGCCCGUCACACACUUCUCCUGGUCACAUGACGGCCGCAUGGCGCUCAUCUGUUACCAGGACGGCUUCGUACUCGUGGGCUCUGUGGCGGGCCAGCGCUAUUGGUCGUCCAUGCUGUCGCUGGAUGCGCGCAUCACUUGUGGCUGCUGGACGCCGGACGACGGACAGGUGUAUCUUGGGACGGCGUCCGCGCAGCUGGUCGUCAUGGACGUGCACGGCGCUAUGGUGUCGCAGGUCCAGCUAGUAGCGGAAGGUGGUAUAACGUCGAUGGCUUGGUCCUGCGAAAAGUUCAAGAUGGAGGAGGGUGAGGAGGGGGGCGAAACUAACGGCGGGCACGUGCUGGCCGUCGCUUUGGGCAACGGCGAAAUAGUGCUACUCCGUGGACACGAUGACGUGAGCCCAGCACGCAUGCGCACCGGCAUGCGCGGAACCACGCUCGCCAUGGAGUGGGCCAACUCACGUGAGCUCCUGGCUGUAGCUGGCACCCUGUUGCCAGAGGGGUCCGAGCCGGCGGACGAGCCGCCAUUCAAGAACGUGGUCAAGUUCUACUCCGACACCGGCGCUCUCAUCUACACCGUACCCAUUCCUUUCACUCAGGCUCGCGUUACAGCGCUAACAUGGGGGCACGCGGCGCGCCGACUUUUUGUCGGCGUCGGCGGCGCGGUGUGCACGGCGCGCGUGUGGCGCGUCGUCGCGCCGCUGCAGCUACUGGCGCGGGUGCGCGCGGCGCAGGCGCUGCGGGACCCGCGCGCCGCCGCGAGCUUGCCGAUUCCACCGCGGCUGCAGCCCGCGCUGGCUAACCUUUUCGCGCAUACUAUACGGUGCAACGUGCCAGAAUCUCUAGAGCUCCGUCGCUUCGUCUCCCGGCCACCAGGGGGCGCCAGCGGCGGCGGCGGUACCCGACUACACUGCACCAUGUUGCGGCAUGAUGAUGAAGAGGCCGGCUAUACCCUGUACCUUGAGCAUUUAGGAGGUCUGGUGCCUCUGUUGAAGGGGCGGCGAACCAGCAAAAUUAGGCCCGAGUUUGUCAUCUUUGAUCCUCAGGGUGAAGAGAGCGCGAUCCGCAGUGCAUGCAUUCGUGAGAGCAGCAGCAGCAGCAGCGGCGCCGGCAGCUCGUCCAGCAGCGCCGGCAGCGGAGCCGGCCGCGCCUCGCCGGUGAAACACUCCGACACCUCCGACAGUGACCGGGAGGAAGGCUGCAGCGGCUCCCCGCGCCUGCAGCGGCGGCGGCGCGCGCGCACGCGCCGCAAGCUGCGCGCCGAGCGCGACGACGCGCCCGACGAGCUCGCCUACAUCGACUCGCUGCCCGAGGAUGUGCGAUUAGUAGAAGUAACCUCUAAUAUCUGGGGCACAAAAUUCAAAAUGCACGGUCUAGUCAAGAACGUGCCUGCCAACCUCGGACAGGUGACCUACAAGACGUCGCUCCUGCACCUGCAGCCGCGGCAGAUGACGCUCACCAUCGCCGAGCUUCGCGACGACCAGGCGCCAGCUCCGGACCCGAAUUUCAACCCCAAUAUAUUCUCAGAAGACGAAGAAGAGGUGUUCCCUGAUAGACACAAGACGCUCGCAGAUCGCGCUAACUCUAACGUACCUGCCCCGGCUGAGGUCACAACAAACAAUCAUAAUAAUAAUGCUCACGCAUCACUAGCGCGCGCUGAAUCUUACGACGAGUUCCCGUACAUCGACACGGCCGAGCCCGCGCCCGUCCGCCGCGUCGGCACCCCUCCCGUCCCCAGCCGCCACGCCAUCUCCCCGCUCCGCUGCGAAGGCUCCGUCCCGACCCUCCAAUCUCCCAAAAAUGCCGUCGCCCCCACUGACAUCAUCUUCGAGCGACCCUCCCCUCAGACUGUCACGUGCGGCGGCGGCCGGGGCGACUUCUGCGGCGGACGCGCCGACUACACCGUUCGCGGCGACAAUGUUUCCUUAAAAGGAAAUUUAUCCAACAUAGAUCAGCAGUUCAGCCUCAAUCUAAGUUUAGAACCCAGCAGGCAGGUCACAAUAAAAAAAUGCGACAAUCACGUCACCGACAACUGCCUCUCAAAACUCCGUAAAAACAUUUGCGCGCGCGGCGAGUCCGCCUCCUACGAAGUGAACACUAGAAUACUCAAAUCGCUCUGCAAUAAGAACUACGAGCACGAGGUACAUCCGGAUGCGAUGGGCAGACGGGAGACGCUCAGGAGUCUACAGAAGGGCGAAGACCUGAAGUUUAUCGACGAGGAAACGCCGGUGGAACCCAGCGGCACGAGCUCGAGGGAACCGCGCGUACAGCGGACCACUACCGUCGUGCCUAUCAGUCCCGUGUGUGGCAGCGUACCGGUCUACGAUACCAUGACGCGCAGCUGCAGCGUCGGCUACCUGGACAUGGUGGAUCCGGCGGUGCUACACUCUCGAGUGUCAGUAGCGGCGCUUCGGGAGCCGCCGCGCCGACUCGUUCUCGUCGGCGACUCGGGCCGGCGCCGCCGACGCCGUCGCGAGCGACACCAGGACGCAAACAAACCUACUUUAAGGAAAUGCGGCAAAUCGAGAAGCCUCGACUCGAGCGAGCUGUCGCUAGAGAAGAAGCAGACCCGGCAGUCCCGCCUGGAUAGCUUGGAGCCGCGGGCGGAGGCUCGCGCGACGCGGCGGCGCGACUACCCGGUGUGCACGGCGUGCCGCCUGGUGUCGCCGUACGACCGGCGCGACGUGGACGCGGCCACGUACGUGUGCGUGGCGUGCUCGCCGCGCGCGCCGCCGCCCGCGCCCGCGCCGCCCUCGCCGCGCGCGCCCGCCGCCGACAGCGACUCCGACUACAGCAAGUAUUAUAGUUCGCUGGAGCAGCUAGCGCUGCGGCUGUUGGCGUCUCGCUCUCGCAGUUCGCGCGAGAGAGAGAGCAGCUCAGCGCCGGCGUCGCCCCGCCCCGCGCGCUCCACGCCCGCCUCCCCUGCGCCCGCGCCGCGCCGCACGAGAUACUCUUCAGCCUCGCCUAUUAGACAACUACUGAAUUCACCACUCCUCUCUCGGCGGCGUAAGAAGCCGUCCGAGAGUUCAGACGACGAGUGCUCGGGCUACAGCGAGGUCAACGGCCGCAACUACCGCGACCUCGAGAGCUUCCAGAAGGCUCAGCUUAGGAACAAGUUAAAGCGCGCCGGCGGCGCGGCGGCGGCGGCGGAGCCCCGCGCCGGCCCGCGGCGGCAGCUCGUCAUGCACAACAAGGCGCCCAUGUGGAACGAGAACAGCCAGGUCUACCAGCUGGACUUCGGCGGCCGCGUCACCCAGGAGUCCGCCAAGAACUUCCAGAUCGAGUACCACGGGAAACAGGUAAUGCAGUUCGGGCGAAUCGACGGCAACGCGUAUACACUCGACUUCCAGUACCCGUUCUCGGCGCUGCAGGCCUUCGCUGUAGCGCUCGCCAACGUCACGCAGCGCCUUAAGUAAACGUCGACAGCAUGCCAGCGCCACCCUCGCAGUCCUCCCUACGUCUAUGCUAUCUUAUGAUACCAGGGAGUCCGGUCAAGUCACAAUCAUUUAUAGACAUUGCCAGUUUAACCUUAAAUAAUGUAUGGAAAUGAUCACAUGAAUUUCGGGUGGUCAAAUCAUACGUUUUUCCUUUUUGAUGGCAUUUGUCGAUAAACGAAUGUUAUCUUAGCUACGGCCUCCGUGCACGCCAAGGUUGUAACGAAAUACAACAGCAAACUUGAUUUCGUUCCCUGUUCCUCUAUUUAUCAUCUUAAGUGAGAGCUUUAUGGACUUAUUUCCAUUUGUAUUUUAGAGCUGUGCACUCUACGGAACAAGGUCACUUCAAGCGUCAGUUCCAAUGGAAAGUUCCCAAUAGCCCAAGACGGCUGGAGAUGCUUUGACGUGCGUUUAAUUCCUGAAUAUCCAUAUUUUCAUGCUAAAUACUUUCAUGGUAAUUUAUAUAGCGGUCAGCGUCAUUCUUUUGAGUGGCAUGCAUAAUUACAAAGUACCUAUGUACAAAAGAGACAAGCGAUGAGUGGACUAUAAUUGUGACAUCCAAGUGAAAAAUGUUGACGCUACCUUUCCGCCAAAAACCUGUACAUUUCAGUGAGAGUUUUCUUAGUUAACACUGGAUAUCGAAUAAGUGAAAUGAUGGUCGUGACUUGCUAGCUAUGCUGCUUUAUAUCAAUUUGGAAAAAUGUGCCAUAGCACCCUCCGCUGUAACGUUAAAAAUUGAAAUUUUUGGGACUAAUUUGCUCGCUUAGUGUCAGUACAAACAACAUCGAUAUUGAGGUAUAGUAUAGGUAGGUAGUUGUAUGUCUGAAUAUACAAUUAUCAUCAGUAUUUUGUUAUUUUGAUGUUGUAUGUACGAUAGGCCCGCUUGCAUCGGCCCAAUAGCGUAGGAAGACAUAUAUAGAUAUUUUGUACACAUGCUUAGAUAGGUAGCUUCGAAGUAUUCCCUUCGCCGCGGCCGCGGCGUGGUACAAUUUGCGCCCUUACAGUCUUAUCUAUUCUAUGAACAGUAGCUAAGUAUAUACAGAAACGCAAUGUUUUAAUUUU